CUGAUAUAGGCCAGGAUGCCAUCGGCCUUCUUGGCCACCUGGGCACACCGGUGGCUCACAUUGGGCCGGCUGUCAGCCAUCACUCCCGAGUCCCCUUCUUCGGAAAGAAGAAGCGAGGGGACAGACGCGACGCCAGAGCCGAGUGCGGGGCAGCCGGGAGGGGCAGCGCAGGGGGGGCCGGGCCGGCAGUGCGGAGGGUCCUGCGGCCGCGGGAGGGCGGCGGCGCCCCGCUGCCGGGGCCGUGGCCGUGGCCGUGGCCGGGGCGGCGCCGCCGGGGAGGGGUUUUCCCCUUCGGCGCCGGCUAAAGCGGGUGCCGGGGGCGGGCGGCGCCGUGCCGCCAUGCCGCCCUCCGCGAUGCUGCUGCUGCUGCUGCCGCUGCCGCUGCUGGCGGCGCUGGCGGUGCCCGCCCCGGCGGGGGUGGCGGCGGGGGGCUGCGGGCCCUGCGAUCCGGCGCGAUGCCCGGCGCUGCCGGCGCGGGGGUGCCCGCUGGGCCGGGUGCGGGACGCCUGCGGCUGCUGCUGGCAGUGCGGGCGCGGCGAGGGCGAGGCGUGCGGGGCCGGCGGCGGCGCCGCGGGAGGACGCUGCGCUCCGGGACUCGAGUGCGUGAAGAGCCGGCAGCGCCGCAAGGCGAAGAGCGGCCCGGGGCUCCCCGCCUCCGGCCCGCCCGGCGUGUGCCUCUGCAAGAGCCGCUACCCGGUGUGCGGCAGCGACGGGCUCACCUACGGCAGCGGCUGCCAGCUCCGCGCCGCCAGCCUGCGCGCACAGAGCCGCGGGGAGCCCGCCAUCAGCCAGCGCAGCAAGGGAGCCUGCGAGCAAGGACCCUCCAUUGUGACUCCUCCUAAGGAUAUCUGGAACGUGACAGGAGCACAGAUCUACCUGAGCUGUGAAGUCAUUGGCAUCCCAACUCCUGUCCUCAUCUGGAACAAGAUAAUUCGAGGACAGUAUGGUGUCCAGAGGAUGGAGCUCCUGCCUGGGGACCGGGAGAACUUGGCUAUCCAGACCCGAGGGGGCCCUGAGAAACACGAAGUGACUGGCUGGGUGCUCAUAUCCCCUCUGAGCAAAGAGGAUGCUGGGGAAUAUGAGUGCCAUGCGUCAAAUGCCAAAGGAGAGGCAACAGCUUCUGCAAAAAUCCACGUUGUGGAAACUCUGCAUGAAAUAGCUCUGACCAAAGGUUGAUGAUGGUGCAGAGCUGUGAUGUGAGGACUUUCACUUACGCAGUUUUAAAUUAGUAUUUUGGAAAGCUGCAAGCUCUGGCUUUUUCUAGCUGACUAAUCGUUCCCUCUUAACUCCCUUGUUCUUUGACUCCCAAUUUGCUUGCACACUUUUUUCACAGAUGCACAAAUAAAGAGAUUCACAAAUUUGAUUACAAAUUUUAAUUCUAUUUACAGGAAAUAAACAUACUUUUGAACAGCA